AUGGAUAGCGGUUCUUCUACCGGAUCAUCGAUCAACAGAACUCCUCCUGUUUUUCUACAACAACCUCCGCCACAACCAUUUCCAUUAUUGUUAUCAUCAAAACACAAAGAUUUUCAUCAUCAUGAUAAUUUCAACUUUGACUACAAUUCUUUUGGCGACAAUUAUAAUGAUGCAAUUCCUUUAUUUAAUAUCCUCGACAACGAAGAAGAUUGCUAUUCCAGCAAUGAUGAUCAUUACAGCGAUAUCAACAAUAAUCGUGAUGGCAACAAUACUAUUAUCGCUCAGCCUUCGCCACUUUCUUGGGUUCAAACAUUCCCACCUAAUGGUUCGUUCAAUAAUUUUAUACCACAACCAUCGCAAUCAUUGGCUCCACCAUCAACGUUCGCACUCGUAACAUUUCCACCACCCGAACAUUUAAUCAUGGAUGUUCAUUCACCCACGUCACAAAUUCUUACUUCUGCUUCUAAUACUACACAACAACAGGAGGCGAUAACAGCCUUAAACGAAAGACAAAAAGAAAAUCAAAAGGUUAUUUCAAUUAGUGACAAUAGGAAUAAUAACAACAAAGUUAUUAAAGGCGUUGACGUUGAAGAUUACAUUGAUCUUGAUAUUAUUGAUACUCUGGCAGAAAAUAAUAGCAGCAAAAGCAACAACGAUCGUAAUAGCAACAAAAGAAAAAGAAAAUCAAAGUCUAAUUCACAACCUAUCACUACAAGGUUAAUCAAAAAAACCAAAAUUUUUGGCAAUGGUAAUCAUUCUAAUGACAGUAAUUGUAACAGUAAUAAUGAUGAUUGUGACACUAAUGUUAAUGAUAUUAUUGUUGUUGACGAUGAAACAAAAUCUGUUAUUGAUGAUGAUACCAUCACCACACCAACAACUCCGAUUAAUGAUGAUACUACCGCUGAUGACUCCAUUAUUGAAACAAUAUCACUAAAAAGAAAGUUUUUAGAUGAAGAGGAAUCGCAAGAGGAAAAAAGAAGACGGUUCUUGGAAAGAAAUCGAGUAGCGGCUUCAAAAUGUCGCCAAAAGAAAAAAGUUUGGGUCCAAGAUUUGAAUGACCGAGUCAUCACAGCCGAGAAAAUUAAUGCUCAGUUGACCAGUUCGGUUAGAGCACUUAAAGAUGAGUUAAUGUCUUUACAAGAUCAAGUCAUGGCUCAUAUAAAUUGUACAAAUUGCAAUCUUGUUCAAAAUUAUUUAGAUCAUUGUGCUCGGUUCAGACCUCUUCAACAAACAUCGCUAUCACAAUUCACAUUAUACGGAAAUACAAGGCAAGGUAAUAAACCUGAUUUUCACAAUUCAAUGAAAUCAGAAACUUCAAAAACAUUUUAUGCAAAUUUCAUUAAUAGGUUGAAACAAGAAUAUAUCGAGGAUAAAGUUAAAGAUGGGAUCUUUGGAGCAAUGAUGAAUGUUCAUCUUGUAAAUGAGGGACCAGUAACACUGGAAUUAGAUUCCAGGAAAUUUAUUUAUGUAGAUAAAGUAGAAAAAACCCCUAACAAAAACAAAAGCAACAAAAGCAGAAACAACAACAAAAACGACAACAAAAACGACAACAAAAACAAUGACAAAGAAAGCGUAGUAGAAUGA